CUUCAAAAGAGCAAAUUUUGCAAGGCACAACAACAUUCCCUUUCGAUUUACAAGGUGGUAAUUCUCAACAACCCCAAGCAGGACCUGAAGAAUCAACCCAAGAUGGUAAUCAGGAAAGUAACUCCACCUUUGGUCCUCCAAAUGAGAACAAUGUGCCAGGUAGUAGAUUGCAGCAUUACUUCACUGAAAACACUAAUAUGGAAGUGAGAAAUUCAGACAAUGUGUUUCAGUUUAGGGGGGAAAAUGCAAUCAGUGCUGAUGGUUUGGAGAGGUUGAGGCAAAGAAAGGGCAAAGAGAUAAGUGAAAGGGCCAGUAAAG